AUGAAGCAUCAGGAAGGGCAGAACUCGCUACAUGCUGACUUGCCUGGCUCGCAAGUGGGCCCGUCUCGAAGUUCCGGCUUUCGUCGGACAGCGAACGUCGCCGGUCCUCAAACUUACGAUCCUGAGCUCGAGCAACGCUUCUUCGGUGGUCAGAAUGCGUCCGGUUCCAGCUCGACUUCACCUGGGCCAGAGAUGAGCAGUAGAGCUCGUGCUGACUCGGCAUUCGCACUCGACCAGAUGAGGCGAGAAGUCGAAUCGAUGCAGUAUGCCCAACAUCAAAAUGGCUUCAGAGGAAGCUCCGCACCGGGCCAGCAAGAGCUUGCACGUAUGGAAGCUGCUUUUCGUCAGCAGGCCAGCAGAGAUCCCUCCGUCCAAGGAAAUGCGUGGAGACAAGCUUUUGAACAGCCUCUCGUAGAUGACCAGCUACCGGCCCAGAUCUACGAUAGCGGCGCCGUCUCUGACUUCGCCAUGUCUCAUCGUUCGAGCGGCCUGCAGUCACAACGCCUGGCCAGGAUGGGCGGGAUGGGUAUGAGCGCAGGCAUGGGUAUGGGACUAAUGGGCAUGGGAAGUCAUAUGGGCGUCCAAUCGUAUGGCUCAUCGGCAUUCGAAACUGCGCCUGCUGUCGCCAAGAAGCCAGAAGGCAAAGGCAAAGGGCGCUUCGUCGAGUUGGGCGAUGAUGAGUGGGAGGCACAGUUUGAGAGAGCUGCACCCGUCGUCGAGAAUUCUCAGCAGAAAGACGAGACUGUCGAUCUGACGCAGGGAGAACUGGAGCUUGACGGUGAUCAGGCCGAUGCAGACCUUUUGCGCAACCUGGAGCAGACUUGGAAGGGUCUCUCUUCAUCUCUCAAUGGCCAAUCUGCCAGCGACAAAGAGCUUGCAGCCUGGGAAGCUCAGUACGGUUCUCAAUUUGUCGAUUCGGAUCUCGAUCUUAAUUUGGCAUCAAGCUCAGAGGACCCGCGCCAUUACGAGCCUUUCAACCCUGCGCAGCUGGAAGAAUACAUCAAGAACCCACCGCCAUACCCGUACGAGAAAGAGGCAGAGAACAAGUACACGAAUCAUCCGGAUCCAUUUCAAGAGGGGCAGCGACUGCUUCAAUCUGGUGCACCACUGUCAGAAGCGGCCAUGGCGUUUGAGGCAGCAUGCAGGCUGGACGAACAGCGCGGCGAAGCAUGGAGAGCACUCGGCGAUACUCUUGCCGCUGAUGAACGAGAGCUGAAAGCUAUACGAGCCCUCGAAAGGGCAGUUGGAUGUCCAGGCGAAGGCGGCGAUGGGACUUGGAUGAGUCUCGCCAUAUCAUACGUAAAUGAGGGCCAAGAUCUACGAGCGUUAGCGACGCUCGAACGGUGGCUCAACGCUACAUACCCCGAUACUGUCAAGCGCUCCCCUCAAAAGCCAAGGGAUCCUACUAACCCUUGGGACGGACAAGAACGUAUGAUCGAUCUGUUCCUUGCCGCUGCGCGAUCUGGACCUACUGCUCGCACCGAUGCAAGUUCCAGGUCCGCCGAACCAGUUGAUGCUGACGUGCAAGUCGGCCUCGGUGUGCUAUUCUACUCCAAUUCUGAUUUUGUGCGAGCCAAAGACUGUUUCGAGGCGGCACUAUCGGUACGGCCAGAUGAUUUUCUACUCUGGAAUCGCCUCGGCGCCACGCUGGCUAACGGAGGAUCUCCCGAGCUUGCUAUAGACGCAUAUCGCAAGGCCCUCGAGUUAAGGCCCACAUUCACUCGCGCGAUCUACAACCUUGGCGUGUCCUGUCUGAAUAUCAACUGUUAUCAAGAAGCUGCUGAGCAUCUCCUGUCGGCUCUCGAUCUGCAUCGUCGCGAUGGCGAUUCCGCGGAGGGAAACCGACGCGGAAUAGAAGACGACGGCAGCUCAAAUCUCUGGAACACGCUCAGACGUGCUUUCCUCUGCAUGGAACGACAUGACCUCGCAGAUCGAGCCCUUCCCGGCGGUGAUGUUGACUCUUUCAGGAAAGACGAGCUCGAUAUGGACGACACAGAGCUAGCUCGAUGGCCGCCGGAGGUCGUACGAGCUCUCAUGUAUAGUAGUGGAAGCUUUCACGUUCCCAAAGAGCUGCUCUCCUGUCCUUUCGACGGCUGCAAAUAUGCUCAUCCUCACAAAUUCAGACAAGCCAGCGACACCAGGCGGCACCUGGCCUCAGCUACACAUGGCAUGAGCAUCUUCAGACCAACGAAGCGCUCCUUAUCCUUCACAGAGAUGUCCGCCAACGAGGUAAGGCGCAAUCCGCCUCCGGCCCUUCGAGUACGCCAUGCAGACUCUGCCAGUACGUCCUUGCCGCCCGAGAUGCGCUCCCCGGCGCAAUUCGACGGCCAAGCUGUCCUUUCCUCGACAAGCUCGAUGAUCAAUGAUCCGAAUCUGUCCGGUACCGGUGGCCUCACUACUCUUGCGACCGAGCCAAGCUUUCCGCAACAUGCGUAUCACUACGCUUUCCUACCUUCUACCAGGCCUUAUGCGUUUCAUGCCUCACCACUCGCUCGUUCGCUCGAGCGGGCAAGCCUCCAGUGGGACCCCGAAUUACGCCGACGUCACACCGCAGCCUUGACUCAGGCAGAAUCUAAUACAUGUCGGGGACAUGCCAUCAGCUUUCGACGCGAGCAGGCCUACGGUGCCACUGCACCGCUAUCAAUGCCUAUCCUGUCGCAGUACGGCACGCUUCUCGAUGGCAUCGCACGCGGGCUGUCGCCUACUCGGAAAAGACUCGUUAGUAUUUCCGACUAUGUUAGAGGAGGCACGACGACGACGUACUAUCCCGUCGAUCAAGUUGUCGCUGGCACGCAGGGUUUCGAAAGUGAAGGGGCCUGGUUGAAUACCGCGGUUGCAAGGGACGAGAUCGCCGGUCUCGUGUUGGCAGAUUCUCUGGCCGGUACACGGCCACAGAACUUUGCUUACUUCUGGCGCUUCAGGACCAACGUCAUCCCAGAGCCAUCCCUGCCAACUCUGGCUGUGCUAGCAACGCCCCAGUUUGCUUGCUAUCUCGCCUCACACUUACGUUCGUCGCAGGGCGAGAUCAUUGGGAAAGUCAGCGUGAUCUUACUCGAGGAUUCCCAAGACUGGCACGAAGCUUUGCUGCACGCUGCUGCGGCGCGCCUCGAGACGCUCAACGAAGCUGUAGCUAUGCUGUCAAUGUACUGA